AUGGCCACUCCCUCCAACCCAUAUGCGCCGCGGAGGUCGGGCGCAUCCCCCUCGACCUCGACCUCUUCGCCCGCUUCCGAGCAAAUCAUCGGCAAGUUCAAGCGCAUGGAUCAUAUUGGAAAGGGCAGCUUUGCGGAGGUGUACCGGGGCAUUCACACGGAAAAGCGCGCGUCGGUCGCCAUCAAGUCCGUCAACAUGAACAAGCUCAACAAGAAGCUCAAAGACAAUCUCGUGUCCGAAAUAGCCAUCCUCCGCAGCCUGCACCACCCGCACAUUGUCUCGCUCAUCGACUGCCAGGAAGCCCCCUCGCGCAUGCACAUCAUCAUGGAGUUUUGCGAACUCGGCGACCUGUCUGCCUUUAUCAAGAAGCGCGCCGACCUCGUCAACCACCCUCAGACACAGCGGAUGCUGGAAAAGUAUCCGAAUCCGGCCGUGGGCGGGUUGAAUGAAGUGAUUGUCCGCCACUUUGCAAAGCAAAUGGCCAGUGCCCUGGAAUUCAUCAGGUCCAAAAACUACAUCCACCGUGACCUGAAGCCCCAAAACCUGCUGCUGAACCCUUCGUCCAUGUUCUACUCGCAGAGUGGCACCCUCGAGCGCAUGCCCCUGGCCGCCAGUGCCAACUCCCUGAUCCCCGCCACCGGCAUCGAGUCCCUCCCCAUGCUCAAGAUUGCCGACUUUGGCUUUGCCAGGAUCCUGCCGACCACGUCUCUCGCCGAGACGCUGUGUGGCUCGCCCCUGUACAUGGCCCCAGAGAUCUUGCGCUACGAAAAGUAUGACGCCAAGGCGGAUCUGUGGUCUGUUGGCACCGUCUUGUUUGAGAUGAUGUGCGCGCGUCCGCCCUUUCGCGCCAACAACCAUGUCGAACUGCUGCGCAAGAUUGAAGAGCGCCGGGACCAGAUUCGCUUUCCCGAGGGCAUCGUCUCUAGCAGGGCCAUGAAGACGCUCAUCCGCGCCUUGUUGAAGAAGAAGCCGACCGAGCGCAUGUCGUACGAGAGCUUCUUCGCCGACCCCGUCAUCCGCGAUGUGAUUCCCCAUCUGGUCGAUGAAGACAUUCGGCAAUCCAUGCACACGUCCGAGCCGGAGCCGCUGCGGGAGCCUCCCAAGCCAGUCCAGCAAAAGAUGCCCACGGAGCGGAGCAGGCGAGCGAGCGACACUCCCUAUUCACAAUCACCCAACGACACGACGGGAGUGGGGACCAGCCCGCCCGCCCGCCCUAGCGCCCGACCGUUGUCUGGACAGUUGUCGAAUACCCCACCGCGAGCCUCGACCGCUCGACGUGCGAGCAAUGCGCCGGUGGAGUCGAUUGACGAGCACGGCCGAUCGCGUGAGCAGAAGAGGCCAGCGUUGACCAACGCAGCUACCGCGCCCGUCCGGCCCGUGAUGCUGCAAGAUCGAGCGGCCACCUCGAGCCCUGUUGGACAUCGGCGACGGUCCUCUCGCGAUGAACAGGCGCCCGCGCCCUCGGGACGCAGGGAGCACCUCGACCGUGAGCGAGCACCGCAGCGGGCAGAGGCAGCCGCACUGAGGGAAGCUGCCGAGCGAGCGGCGCAAGAAAACGCCAUCGACGACGGCUUUGUGUUUGUGGAGAAGCGUCGGGUGGAGAUUGAUGCGUUGGCCGACGAGAUUGCCCACAGUCCACAGGCAAAGUACGACAGAGCGGGCAACCACCAAGCCAACAGGAUGAAGCGGCGGUCGACCACACCAGGCCUGCCCACCUCCACGGCCGGUGCAACGCCUCCCGCUCCCGCCUCUGCGCCGUCCCAGGCCAUUGCCAUUCAGCGACAGCCGGCCCAGGUGCACCAACGCGCCGCCUCGUACGAGCGCCGACGUCCCUAUCGUCCUAGCUUUGAGAGCGCUACCUCGGCCCUGUCCAAGGCGAUGAACAUGGUCAACAUCCGCGGCCUGGGCAUGUCGCCUCCGGUCCUCAAGGGUCUGUCUCCGCCCCAUGGCUACUCUGGGUUCCCCCAGUAUCCGGCCGCACAGAGCGGCAUGCUCAUCGUCGGAGAGGGUGCAAGGACGAUGAGUAGAGACGAGGACUCGGCGGUGGUCAAGAAGAUUGAAGAGCUCGCGCAGAUGAGCCACGUGAUUUGCGGCUUCGCCGAAGUCAAGUACAAGCAGAUUGUGCCCGUCGCCCCAAGCGAUCAGGGCCUUGGCAUCGGGCCCGCCGGUGUCGCCCGCAAGGCCAGCAGCGAUCUAAUGGAAGACGAGGACGAGGACGAGGACCUGACGCCAGACAUGGCCAUUGUGAUUUCCGAAGAAGCCCUCGUCCUCUACCUCAAGGCCCUCGCCAUCCUCAGCAAAGCCAUGAAAGUCACAGGCGCCUACUGGAGCCGCAAAACCGACACCAGCGCACGCACGUCCCCGAGCUCCACCCGCCUCAGCCAAGUCGUCUCCUGGGUCCGCGACCGCUUCAACGAAUGCUGCGCCAAAUCCGAACUCGUCGCCCUCAAACUCCAACACGCCCAACUCCAGCUCCCAGCCGACCACCCCGCCCACCCGCAAAACCUGUCGACCACGGCCUCCGUCUCCGCCACCACGGUCGGCUCGGCGGAAAAUAUCUUGCUGACGACGGGGGUGACGGCCGAGAAGCUCAUGUAUGAUCGUGCGCUCGAGAUGAGCAGGCAGGCGGCGGUGGAUGAGCUGACGGGGCAUAAUCUGGCCGGCUGCGAUGUCAAUUAUUUCACGGCGAUUCAGAUGUUGGAUGCUGUGCUUGAGGAGGACGAGGGCGAGGCUGGGGGGGAGAUUGGGGGCUUGGAUGGCGAGGAUCGGGCUAGUGUUGUCAAGUUACUCGAACAAAUGCGAACCCGCCACCGCGCUCUCACGGGCCUUGUAUAA